AUGUUGAAUUUUGCGACAUCCUUGUCAUGCUUUAUUUUUAUUCCGUUUUUUUUUGUUUGUGUCGGCUAUUGUGCGUGCGGGUGCGCUGUGGCUGCCGCAAUUGGCUGGCCGUGCACAGCUUGCCGACUUUGCAUUUUAACACUCGUCCCAUAUUGUGGGCACCCAAGCAGUCGCCACGUUGGACGAGAGGCGGUGGAGGGCCGCUUCGGUUACGCAGAAGAAGGGGGAAGGAUGACACAGCCAAACUCGCCGCGCGGCCGGCCUCUGAUUUUGUCCUCCUUUCAAUGGAGCAGCGAUGCUCAGAUUGCGAUAGACGAAACGGCUCUCACGCAGGCGUUCUUGUACCGGCGGCGCAGGAUGGAGGCGGCGUCGCGGCUCACUGAUGGAAUGAUGGCGCAGGUCCAGACCAUCGUUGACGCCGAUGGAAGCCCGUCUUAUGUCAUGCUGAUGGAUGAGGUCCCAGAGUCCACGGAUGAGUCGCCGCAGAGGAAACAAAAAGACAGUGUUUGCGCAACGCCGGGCGGGGGUCGGGGGGAGGUGUCUGUUGAGAACACGAUGACGCAUGCGACGGAGGUGCUUCUUCAUGAUGAUAUCAAUCGGAAGGCAGAAAAAAUUCGCGAUAUGCGAAUAGAGCAGCGGAGUGCGGCGGAGAUGCAGCUUAAGCCCACCUUUCUGUUGGUUGAGCCUUCGCUGGAGUUGCCUAUUCCACCGACCACAUUUACCUCUACCUCUCUUGCCUUUGCGUUGGAGGCACUGGCCAAAAGUGUUUCCAAACUAGUGGCUGCAACUGAUGGAAUUUUAGUGCAGCUUUCCGCGUUGGACAAAACGAAUCAACCGUCUAUAUUUAAGGAGAUGAAUAUACUUGUGGUACACACACAACACGCGUGGCGUUGCCACGCGGCGGUGAUGCAGCAUCUGAAACAGUAUGAGGUAUGUGCAAAGGCCCUGCAGGACGGCACAUUGCAGGAGCUGAGCAGCAUGCGAGAACAAUUCCUGGUUUGCAAGGAGAUGUUGACGGCACAGGAGCAAAAACAAAAGGUUUCUGAGGAACAUCUUAGAGCGCUGCGACUUCGGUUAAACAACCUUCAUGCACGGUGCCGAAUGUGGUCUGGGAUUCUGCUUGGCGCCACCCCAUUACUGCCGCUUCUUGUAUCGCCGUCAAACUCACCGAGCGGCACUUCGCUUUUGCGUGAACGCGACUCAAUUUCGUGCAUGCGGUCAGUCACAAACCGAGCUCAGAGUGCCACACCGCAUCUGAGUUUUGUUGCUGGGGCCUCGACACGACAAAGGUCCAGCGUACGUGUUCGGACCCCCUCAUUGUCGCAAAAUUUGGAUUCCCCUCACUUCUCCAUUUCGACAGCUGAGGAGUUGGAAGACCACAUGAACGCCAUGGAAGUCAAGGUCGCCCGAUUUUGGAGCAAUCCAUACGUUGUCAAAGCGCAGCAGUGCGCGGAACGGAUGUGGAGACAGCGGCAUCAACCGUGGGAUCGGUCCACAACAUUGGUUGAGGUCAUGAAACUUCCUGUACUCUCGCGGAAUGAAUCGGUGCAGCGCACAGGAUCUUCGCUGCGUCUUGCAAGUGAGAUGCACCGUGCAUCCCGGGUGGACAAUUUACACAAAGGAGGUCACGCCGCAGAAGCCACAGAUAAAGCGACGGCAGAGGUCCGCCUCAUGUCCCUUCUAAGAGGCCUUCUACGAUUGGCGCCAAGCGUAAAGAACCAGGCUGAUGCAGGUGCGUCGUCCUCGAGUGCAGAAGGUGCGGAAGGUGUAGAAGGUAAUGAGACAAUAGCAGUUGAGAACGACAUCGGUAGUGGGGAGGCGUCAAUAAGCCGGACUCCAUACGGUGAUGCUUUUGAGGCCGCCGGCGUGACGGUUGGCACGGCGGAUGCCAUGUCGGAGAGCGUCCGAAACCUUUUAAAGUUUCUCGAAGAGGCUUCUACAACCGUGAUGUGA